AAGCCCUGGUUCUCGGGAGCCUCCCACCCCGCCUCUCCGCAAGGAGGGCGCGGAGACACCGCCGGGGGCGGAGGAGGAGGCCGGGAGGCGGGGAGGGGGGAGGCAAACCCUGCCCACUCGGCUCCGAGCCCAGAACGGCCGCAGAAGUCGGAGGCCGGUGCGCAGGGCGAAGAGGGCACCGGGGGCGGGGGGCUCCGCUCCCCGCCUGACCCCUCUCGCCCCAGCCAGGAAAGUGAAGGCUCCUCGGACUAUAGAGCCAGCGGAAGGACCGACCACAACUGCCGGGCGCUCCCGAUCGAAGACUUGCCCCACCCGCCCCCCUCCCCGCCCCCACGGGGCUCCGAACUCACUGGUGAGCGCGGCGGCCCGGGCGCUGGAUGCGGGGGCAGCCGUGAUGGCCCCGCGCGCGGGACAGCCGGAGCACAGGGGCCCGCUGCUGCCGGGGCUGCUGCUCCUGGCGGCGGCGCUGAGCCGACCCGCCGCACCCUGUCCCUUCCAGUGCUACUGCUUCGGCGGCCCUAAGCUGAUGUUGCGCUGCGCGUCGGGCGCCGAGCUCCGGCAGCCGCCGCGGGACGUGCCACCCGACGCGCGCAAUCUCACCAUCGUGGGCGCCAACCUGACUGUGCUGCGCGCGGCCGCCUUCGCCGGCGGGGACGCGGACGGGGAGGAGGCGGAGGCGGAGGCGGCGGGCGGCGUGCGCCUGCCGCUCCUGACCGCUCUGCGCCUCACGCACAACAACAUCGAGAUGGUGGAAGACGGCGCCUUCGACGGGCUGCCCAGCCUGGCGGCGCUCGACCUGAGCCACAACCCGCUGCGCGCCCUGGGCGGCGACGCUUUCCGCGGGCUGCCCGCGCUGCGCUCCCUGCAGCUCAACCACGCGCUGGCGCGGGGCGGCCCCGCGCUUCUGGCCGCGCUGGACGCCGCGCUCGCCCCGCUCGACGAGCUGCGCCUCCUGGGCCUGUCGGGCAACGCGCUUAGCCACCUGCCGUCCGCCGCGCUGCGCCGGCCGCGCCUGGAGCAGCUGGACGCGCGCCUCAACGCGCUGGCCGGCCUGGGCCCCGACGAGCUGCGCGCGCUGGAGCGCGAUGGCGGCCUCCCCGCGCCGCGCCUGCUGCUCGCCGACAACCCCCUGCGUUGCGGCUGCGCUGCGCGCCCCCUGCUGGCCUGGAUGCGCAACGCCACGGAGCGCGUACCCGACGCGCGGCGCCUGCGCUGCGCCUCCCCGCGGGCGCUGUACGACCGGCCUUUCCUGGACCUGGACGAGGCGGGGCUGCGCUGCGCCGAAGGCGACGCCGACGGUCGCGGGGAAGAAGUGGAACUUGACGGCCCGGAGCUGGAAGCGUCCUACGUCUUCUUCGGACUGGUUCUGGCGCUCAUCGGCCUCAUCUUCCUAAUGGUGCUCUACCUAAACCGCCGUGGCAUCCAGCGCUGGAUGCGCAACUUGCGCGAGGCCUGCCGGGACCAGAUGGAGGGCUACCACUACCGCUACGAGCAGGACGCAGACCCGCGCCGCGCGCCCGCCUCGGCCGCCCCCGCCGGUUCUGGGGCCACUUCCCCCGGUUCGGGCCUCUGAGCUUCGCUUGUUGGGACUUGGGGGCUACCCCUGCCAGCUGAUGACCUGUCCCGAGGCCGUGGGUAUGAGACUCCCGCGAGCUUGGGGCUUUGAGACCUACGCCUGACCGAUCUAAGACCUUUGGAUUAUGGCAUCUCCCCUACCUGGAGGCCCCAAGCUGUACCCCCCUCCCCAGCCUCUGAGAGCUGUCACCAUCAAAGACCCAGAGACACUCUCUUCUGAUUCCAGAAACCCCAUCCACCCAUCCCAAGCUCUGACAGCCCUCCUGAACCACCAGAAGCCCCUCCCCCUUUCAGCACUCACCCAGAGACCCUGUCCUUCAAUCCGAAGGCCCUGGGACUGCUUCCACCGCCCUGUGCUUUGAACCCAGACCUCUCAGCAGGAAACAUCCCCUAGACUACACUCCAGCUUGCAGCCCUCAGCUCCCUUCCAGGGCUCGGGGGCCCUCACAUCCCAUUCUGGUCUCAGAAGCAGAGCAACCCCACCAGGAGGUUUCUGUGGACUUUGAGCCUUUCUUCUCGUUUGGGAGCUCUUAACUCUCCAUCCUGCAUAGAACCUACAUCCGGGGAGUCUGAGGGUUGGGCACCCUCCCCCAAUCUGAGGAUGUAUUUCAUACCACCCACCACCCCAGCUCUUGCUCAGGCCCCUCCCUUCCUUGGCCCAGGCUUGGGGUUCAGCUCUUCUCUAUCUCCCCCAUCCGAGGGACAGGCACACCCCUUUAUAGCCUUAGCGUGGAGCUGAUCCUCAGCCUUUCCCACUUUUGGCUCUGAUACCCUAAUACUCAGUCCUUGUCCCCAAUCUCAAACUCUCAGCUCUUCACCCCGAUCUGAGUUUCUUCCCCCUGCCCAAGUCUUAGGCUCUCAGUUCCUCCUACAUCCGUCGCUUGCACUCAGUACCCACACUGCCACUCACUGGCUCAGGGUCCAGUGAGGAAUCCAUCCCUGGGAUAUGCCCAGCCCCCUUUCCUCUUAAGGAUGAGCUCUCUAGCCCUGCAAAACAGGCGCAGAUGCGAAGCACCCCGCAGCCAUACUAGCAGAUCCCCAUGGGAGAUCCUGGAGGAGAGAGUCCUGGGGGUGCAAAGUAGAUGGUCUGGCCUCACAACCAGGGUCACCUGACCAUUGUGCCACAGAGAGGGGUGGGGGAGGGGCUCUGAAGGGCUGGGAGCUGCUGGCCACAUUCUCUUUCCCACCCAUGUGACUCUUCUCCCUUGGAGAGUCCUCUCUGCCACCUCCCCACCGCUGUCCCCCCGUAUGCCUUCUGGGAGAGGAAGGGAAAAGCCCUCCGGUCCAGGGUCAGAGCCUCAGCGCCCUGCCUUCUUCAUGAUCCCAAAGCACAACUGGUGAGUGGGAGGGGGCCGCCUCUCCCUGACUCCCACCCCCUGGGUCAGGCAGAAUGGCUGGCCUGUGCUGCUUCUGCACACAGGAAGUCACCCUCCUUCAACAUAUUGCCGGAGGCCUGCCUUCCCACCCCACCCUGGAAAUCUGGAUCUCCCUUGGGCAGUUUUCUAUAAAGUCUGCAAUAAUCUCAGAUACUCUGCUCUUGUAAACGGUGCCAUGUCAUUCCUGCU